AUGUGUGGGAUCUUGUGUUCAAUUACACCGAAUUACUUGCUUGGAGUUUUCCCAGAAACGCAUUUUUGGGAAUCUAACGACUCUACAGAAAUAGAGAAAUUCAUCCAGAAUGACCAUAUCUUGCAGCCAUUGUCUGAGCUGGAUAUCAAGAAGUUGAAUAAUGUAGAAAAGUUGCGUGAUUUGCAUGGUAUUAUUUCCAAAAUCAAAAAUAACGUCAAGUUGGCAAAGUUUGAAAAGAACGCUCAACUUCAACAAAUCCAAAAUCAGAUCGAUGAGCUUACUAUUGGAGAGAAGGAAGAUUCUCCAGAAUUGGAAAACAUGGACAUUUUCGAGUCUUUAGUAUAUAAGGUCUCUAGUAGAGGUCCUGACUACUUGAACUACACUCAGUUCAAGAAUAGCAAUUGGAAUUAUCGUACAUUUAGUUCUAUUCUCUCCUUGAGACAACCUUUUCAGUCUCAGCCCGUUCAGCGUGAUCGCUUCAUAUUGCAAUUCAAUGGAGAGUUAUAUAAUGAACAAUGCUUACAAGGAAAUGAUACUCUGUUCAUUAUGAAUACUUUACAGGAUAAGUUGAAGUGUGACUCAGAUGAUGAGAGGGCUGUACUUGCAACAUUGUCUGAGCUUACCGGAGAGUUUGCUAUUGUUCUCAAUGACAUUAAGCACAACGUCGUCUACUUCGGAAGAGAUUGCGUCGGAAGAAGAGCAUUAUCAUAUUCACUUGAAGAUAGUGGACUUACAAUUAGUUCAUUAUCGGAUUCAACUCUUAUUGAAUGUGCAAAUAUGAUCUACAAAGUUGAUUUGAAUAAUUUAGAAUUGCGGACAUUUUUGUACUCAGAAAUGUUUGAAGAAUACAGCAAUGACAAGUCCCUCCAUUUCUCUCCAUUAAACUACGAUGUUUGUGCUAAUGAGAAUAGUGCUUUGGACAAAGUCUACUGUUGUCUUAAGAAUAGCACGUUGGUACGACAAGAAGCAAUCUACCCUUUGCAUCACAACGAAUCUGCUACCCUCGCUAUUCUAUUCAGCGGUGGACUAGAUUGCUCUGUGAUAGCCGGUCUUAUCUGCGAAAACAUUUUGGAAAAGAAUCAUCAUAAGAGAUACAAUGUUGAUCUAUUGACAGUAGGAUUUGAUAACCCUCGCACAAAUCAAGACGCUUCGUCGUCUCCUGAUCGUGAAUUGAGCAAGAAAUCGUGGUUCCAUAUUGCUUCAAAGUAUAAUGACCUUACCUUGUUGAACAUUCGCUUGGUUGAAAUCAAUGUUAGUUACAAAGAUUGGCUACUUCAUCGUCACCGAGUGCGCAAUCUUAUGUAUCCGUGCAAUACUGAGAUGGACAUGUCGAUUGCAAUAGCAUUCUAUUUUGCUUCCGCAAACAUUGGUUGUAUGGAGAUGGUUGAAUUGACACGAAAUGAUGUCUCAUAUGAAGAAUUUUUGAAAAAUGAGUGCCAGUAUAUCAAAAGGGAUUCAGAAUACAAGUCAACUGCAAAAGUAUUGUUCAGCGGCUUGGGAGCAGAUGAAUUAUUUGCUGGGUAUUCCAGGCAUGAAGCGAUAUUUCUGACUGUAAUCACUCCUGAGUCCAGUGAAGAGCAAAUUAGCGAAUGUUACAAGCAGCUUUCUUCGGAGUUGGUCCACGACAUCGACAUCAUUCAUCGUCGAAAUCUUGGCCGUGACGACAGGGUCAUCUCUUCUUGGGGUAAAGAAUUGCGCUAUCCAUAUUUGGAUGAGAAGUUUAUCAGCAUGGUGAUCAAUGAGAUAGAGCCAAAUUUUAAAUUCACCUACAGCUUUGAAUCGGUCACAAGCAAAAAGAAGAAGGAACCCCGAAUAGUUAUGAAGCCUAUAAGAAAGUAUAUAUUGCGGCAAUUGGCCAGUAGAUUGGGGUUGGAGUGGGUCAGAAAUGAAGCUAAGAGAGCAAUCCAGUUUGGUGCCAAAAGUGCUAAGUUGGAGAUUGGACAAAGUAAGAUAAAGGGUAUUGAUAUUAUAGAAUUAUAG